CGCGUAGCGUCGCCCUGCCGCGGGGUCGGGGCGGCGCCUGGCCGAGACGUCACAGCGGCGCUGGGUCGGGGCGGCUCCCCGUGAGGCGGGAGCGGCCGGAGCUCGGCGGGCGGAGCUGUUUGCGCAGCACCGGCCGGGUCGGAGGCAGCCGCAGCAGUAGCCGCAGCCGCGAGCGGCGGGACAGCCCGGCGCCAUGAAGUUCCAGUACAAGGAAGACCACCCGUUCGAGUACAGGAAAAAAGAAGGGGAGAAGAUCCGGAAGAAAUACCCCGAUAGAGUCCCCGUAAUCGUGGAAAAAGCACCCAAAGCCAGAGUACCUGACUUGGACAAAAGAAAGUAUCUCGUGCCUUCCGACCUCACAGUUGGUCAAUUCUACUUCUUAAUCCGAAAGCGGAUCCACCUGAGGCCAGAAGAUGCUUUGUUCUUCUUCGUCAAUAACACCAUCCCUCCCACCAGUGCUACCAUGGGCCAGCUGUAUGAGGAUAACCAUGAGGAGGAUUAUUUUCUGUACGUGGCCUACAGCGAUGAGAGCGUCUAUGGCAAGAAGCUCUGAAUAUUCUGAAGCAGAGGACAGACCCAGGUGGCUUUCUAGAAUAAAAGAGAAGACACAGGCAGAUGGUGUGCAUCUCUCUGCUGCUGUCCCACUUGUUCAUGCCAAGCUCGUGGUUAAGCACACCCAGGGGAGAAAGAGUUGGCACCUGGGAUGCUUGGUUUUGUGUUCAGUCCUCCCCUCCCACUGCUGGGUUUAAAUGACAUGUGGGACUAAUCACAACUGUUUGUUACGUGUAGAGUUUGCAAUUUAGUUCUUUUACAGUUCUUUCAACUGAAUUGUGGCAUUUCUGUUUUUGUGCUAGUAUUGUACAAGGUAAUGAUGCUAAUUUUUUUGUGCUGAUUAGCUGCAGGUUCUUGUAAAAUAAAGUUAAGACUAGAGCUUAAUCAACUUAUCAAUAAAGGUUUGAAAAUCA